UAAUCAGUUUAAACUGAUCAGACUGUACUGGAGGGAAAGCUUGGAUGUGCGCAACGGAGCAGAAGUGCCACUGCGGGCGCGGAGCGCGCUGUUGCCUGAAAUAACUUGGCUUAUUCAAGCUUUAAAGUAUGUUCUUUCAUUCUUAUCUUCCACACAGUCUAUAAAAGACAUGGUGGGAACACUGUUCUUUGCAAUGGAAACUGUUGUCGAGGAUGAUUCGUUGUGCUUGGAAUGCUAUUCUUUAUUCCUCCAACAACUGGUGAGUUGAUCCAGGAAUAAAGCGUCUGGAAAGGGGAGAUAAUGCUGUGAACAUGUUCGGUCCGCGCAUCGUGUGAGUAACGUUUCCCAACUUGGUGUGUUGCUCUGCGAUCCUCUGUGACCCCUCCGCUCUUAUCCGCCACUCAGCACAUUUGUGAUGAGGAUGUCAGCAGUUUGUGAGGACCAUUUAAGAAUUCCACCGAAACUGGAUGGGCUUUUUUGCAUAUGGUGGAUGGCUGCUAAAAAUAGCUUGCACGCUGAUGAGGUUACGAUGAACAGGUUGGUGUUCAGCUGAAACUUAGAGACAUGCGGAAAGAUGUCCAGUUCCAGGACAUUUUAAUCAAAGACACAGCGAGUGGAGCAUCAAAGUAAAUAAAUAUACAAGGAUCUGUCACCGGUCACUUAACUGAUUGGAAGAAUUGCUUGACAUCAGCGCACUUGAGGAACACAGAGACCAACAGGCGAUCUGGGGAGCAGCUUGUUGAUGGCACUGCGCACCGGGAGGACUUGGUUUGGGCAGGUCUUGCGCAGGGUCUUUCGGCUGCAGGGCUCCUGGUCCAGGCGAUCGAGCAGUCUCUUGUGUCUCUCCGCCAACCAGGAGCAGGAUCUGGGAGUGUGUCCCCGGGAUCACUACAAGGCGGGGGGGUUCCACCGCUGCUCCGACUCCGGCGUGCACCGCGGCCACCGUCACCGGAGCGCACCUUUCUGCGUCUCUGCUUCAAGGCGCUGUCCACACGGCUUCCCCAACGCUUGCUGCGCCUUCCCGGGGAAUCCGAGGGGACAUGAGCCCCUCGGUCGCCGGUUCCUGUUGGCCAUGAAGCGGCAAAACGUGCGGACCUUGUCCCUGAUCAUUUGCACGUUUACGUACCUGCUCGUCGGGGCCGCCGUCUUUGACGCCCUGGAGUCCGACUUCGAGAUGCGGGAAAAGGAGCAGCUGGAAGCCGAGGAGAAGCGUCUCCAGGGGAAAUAUAACAUCAGCGAGGAUGAUUACCGCAAACUGGAGAGCAUCAUCAUGGAGGCAGAGCCCCACAGAGCCGGGGUGCAGUGGAAAUUCGCAGGGUCGUUUUACUUUGCCAUCACGGUCAUAACCACCAUAGGCUAUGGGCAUGCAGCGCCGGGCACCGACGCAGGGAAGGCCUUUUGCAUGUUUUAUGCCGUCCUGGGAAUCCCUUUGACUCUGGUCAUGUUCCAAAGUCUUGGUGAGAGGAUGAACACUUUUGUGAAGUACCUUCUGAAGCGCAUCAAGAAGUGCUGCGGCAUGAGCAUCACCGACGUCUCCAUGGAGAACAUGGUGACCGUGGGAUUCUUCUCCUGCAUUGGCACGCUGUGCAUCGGGGCCGCUGCCUUCUCCCAUUACGAGGACUGGAGCUUCUUUCAGUCCUAUUAUUACUGCUUCAUCACAUUAACAACUAUAGGCUUUGGGGACUUUGUGGCCCUUCAAAAGAACCGGGCCCUCCAGAAGAAGCCCCUGUACGUGGCUUUUAGCUUCAUGUACAUCCUGGUGGGCCUGACGGUCAUCGGGGCCUUUCUCAACCUGGUUGUUCUUCGCUUCCUGACUAUGAACAGCGAGGACGAGCGGCGGGACGCUGAGGAACGGGCCUCGCUAGCCGACAACCGGAACAGCAUGAUCAUCCACAUCCAGGACGAGUCGCUGCAGCGGGGUCGGCGGCGGCGCGAGCCGUAUCGCCCGGAAGUGACUGACUGCUCCUGUAUGCAUUACCACUCCCAUGACUUCGGCAGCUCUGGGGGAGGGAUGGGAGGCCUGGGCUGUGCCUUCUCCCAUCAGAACUCAUUCAGCUCCCAGCUGAAUCCCAAUCAGUACUUUCACUCGGUCUCUUACCGGAUUGAGGAGAUCUCGCCCAGCACCUUGAAAAACAGUUUCUUCCCUUCGCCCAUCAGCUCGGUUUCCCCGGGCCUUCACAGCUUCACAGACAAUCACCAGCUGAUGAGGAGAAGGAAAUCCAUCUAAACCCCAACACACACACACACACACAGACUAGGACACACAAGUUUCCAUGUUUUAUACACAUGGUCAAUGCUGCUCCUUAACAAAUCUUAUUUCAGCACCCAUCCCCCACCCAUAUUGGUUGUGUGUAAUAUAAAAAAGGAUUGUUGGGAACCGAUGAAGACUGUGCAGAACAGCGUGGACACAAUAGGAUGCAAAGCAUGAAGCAUGGAUGUCUAUUUUUCCAAGAGAUUGCUCCAUUUGCAAACACUUCACACAAACGACAAGACCUUCCUCAUUUCAAUAUUUAUGGUACAAAAUUGAUAUAUAUUUACUUUGGUUACAUACCAAAUAAUGCACACUUGGGGAAAUGCUAUUUUUCAAAAAGGUUACACCUUAACUUGAAGAAACUCUCACCGUUAUGUACUUUUCCAUUGCCUCAUUGCAGACAGAGAUUUUGAAAUGACUUAAAGCAUCAGGUAUUGUUUUCUAUAAGCAAUCAUAUGUUUCAACGGUUUCACCAUACAUCAGGACAAGACAUAGCUGCCAAUAUUAGCAUGUGCAUUAGAUGUCAUUUAAUGAGUGUACCAUAGUUUUGUGACAUUCUUUAGUCUGUUUAUACCACAGCCGUAUAAAGGUGUUUGUCUUGGUUUCGAAGGAUCAUGCUGCUGUUAUUAAUAUUUCAAACUCACCUAGAAUCAGAUAUGGCCAUGAAAGCUUUAUCUUAACCUAUGGCAUUUUUUCAUAAAGAGAAUCGACUUUAAGGAAAAACCGCCCUCCUCCCUAAACUGAUCUUAAACUGAUUAUUGGAUGGUUGUGUACUUUUCUCCCAAUGACAUUCACAUUGAAUACAUAUCAGUUCUAUAGUUGCACUCCACUGUACACUGAUACUUUUGCACCGAUAUAUGCAGCAAUCAUUUAGGAUAACUCCACUGUAAAAGAGGCAGAGUGACCAGCUUCUUGAUUUACAGUCAUUCCUAAAGAUUACUUUGGAUUGUUUGAGUUGGGGUUGUAUGAGGUACUUAGCUAUAGUCAGUGUAUUAUCUACAAUA